AUGGACAGGUCACAUGUGAAUGAGCAAAUGCGAGCGCGUAUUGGAGUGAAUGUUGGGUUAACAAGCAUCAACAUCACUCUCAGAUAUGAAGAUCGGCUACUAGAAGAUCCAUAUUCUCGAAUCGAUAUGAGUCAACUCUAUUACAACGAAAAAUUCGACAUUUCAGGAGUUUCGUCAAUGGUUGAAGAGCUACGCUCCGCCUAUCAACGAGGAUUACCGUAUCCUAUCCUGAGCAUCCUAGAAUAUUUUUCACUAAAUCAAGACGCGUUUGAUUGGGGGAGACAUUAUCGUGUUGCUGGUCACUACACCUAUGCUGCAGUGAGUUUUGCUCUCGCUUCUUGGUCACUGGCAGUCGUUUUUCUUCUAUUUGUUCCACAUUAUUACUGUAGGGCGAUGGUCGUUACUGGUUUAUCCGCAUUAUUCUCAUGUCUACUUUAUCUCGUAAUGGCACCAUGUCAGCUCGAGAUCGGAUUUAUAGGGACUGAUGGUAACAGGACUGUAAUGAGAAUGAGUUUCCAGUGGUCUUUCUAUUGUGUAUUUGGAGUUGGGCUUAUUUCCAUGGCAGUGGGCAUAUUGUUGAUGCUUUUACAACAUUAUCAUGUGUACACUUUAUCCACAUUCCUCGAAGCCCGAAUGGACGAAACAGUAGCCAGGAACAAGCAUGUGCGAUGCGAAUCUGCUAUGGAUGUUAUGAGUAGUGUAGAGGUAGGUAUAGUCUGAUG